AGCAGGAAGUGACGACGGCACGUCGAAAUCUGGUCGCCAUUUUAAUGCGCCGCGCGCAAAACAUAGCCGGCAAGAUGGCGCAGUGUAUGUGAAAUAAACAAGGGAACAGGUUUGCGUGUUGUAGCCGUGUUUGUUGUUUAUAUCGCGGUGUGAUACAAACGGAUGGUUGCGAUUCUGUUGUGUAUUUAAACACAGUCGACUGUGUGUAGGCGCAGGAUGUCCGCCGAGGUGCUCAGGCUCGAACCCGUGGCGGGAGGCAGCAGCGGAGGCAGUGGGGGUAAACUGGGCCUCCUGAUCAAUAAGCUGCACACGUUUCUGGCGGUUUCCACAGAGCAGGGCGGUGAACACAGCUUACCUGGGCACUGGAGCGGUGCGAUGGCCAAAGAGUUUAUAGAGCAGCAGCAAGCUGAAUCACGAGCCGCUGAAGAGUGCAUGCAGCCAGGCAUCUCCUCAGAGGCGAAGUCUUCUGCAGCUCGUUCCAGAAGGAAGCCGUUGGUGGUGACGAAGCACAGCGGCCUGAACGAAUCUGACGCUUCCUCUGACAGCGGAACCGAAGACGUCUUAUCCGUCAACUCCAGUGACCCAGACACGACCUGCCUGCCUAAAGGUACAGUGUUUGUGUUGCCAGAGCCAGUAUCUAAUGAAGUCCGGGACGAGUUCAGAGGUCCAGAAUUUCGCAGCAAACGAGUGAAACAGUACAAAGACUUCUCAGACAAACGGAGAGGAGGCUCUGACAUCGAGCGAGUGAACUGUACGGCCUGCGGUCAACAGGUUAACCAUUUCCAGAGAGACUCUGUCUACCAGCACCCUGCACUCAAAGUGCUCAUCUGCAAGUCCUGUUAUAAGUACUACAUGAGUGACGACAUCAGUAAAGAUGCUGAAGGGAUGGAUGAGCAGUGCAGGUGGUGUGCGGAAGGAGGCAGUCUGAUUGGCUGUGAUUACUGCAGCAACGCCUUCUGUAAGAAGUGCGUUCUGAGGAACCUCGGGCGACGGGAGCUUUCGGCCAUCUUAGAGGAGGAGCGCAAGUGGUACUGUUACGUGUGCAGCCCGGAGCCUCUCAUGGACUUGGUGCUGGCCUGCGAUUCGGUGCUCCAGAACCUGGAAAAGAUCUGCAAACGGACCGGCGUCGGGGGCGGAGCCCGUGGGAAGCAGAGGGGUGGGCGCGGUGGAACAGGAACGCUCAGCUCGGCACCUUCGAGGGGUCUGUGCGAGCGCAUGCAGCGUGUGGUGGAUAUGACUACGUCACUGAACCGCUCCUUCGUGGAUUUCAUGCAGAGCGAGAAGGACGAGGAAGCGAGCGAGGAGGAGGACGUGGACCGAGCGAGGAGACUAAUGAUGUUCCGCACCAUCCUGCAGGACCUGCACCAGGCACACGCCGCCCUGCAGGAAGCACUGGAUCGGGAGCUGUACGGCGGGAAACGGGAACCUCAGAGACAGCGUGCAAAACCUCGGCAGCGAAAACCGCGGGCUUCAAGAAGCUCGGGUGUCACUAAGGAGCUGGUGGUGAAGCUGACGCCGGUCCCGUUAGAGUCGUCCGUUAAUCCUGACUCUAACGCCGACGCCGGUGCGAACGCUGCCGAUAUCGUAGAGAUCAAUAAGCAAAUGGAGGAGGAGGAGAAAAAGGAAAAGGUGGAGAAGAUGGAAGGAAUGGCUGUCAGAAAGGAAGGAACAGACGAGGUGAAGGUGGAAGAGAAGUGUGAGGGGACAGUAGGUGCAGCAACGGAGCAGGAAAACACAGACGAUGAAGAAGACGAAGGAGACGAGAUGGAGAUGGCGGAGGAGAAUAAGCGGUCACCUCGUGUCAAGACGACGCCACGCCGAAGGCGCUCGGAUACCACGCACGCCGACCUGGAGGAAGACUCCGACUCGGACGAGGUGCCUGCCGUGCUGCUGCAGACCGCCACCGCUGCAAUGGCCACCAGCGAAGAGGAGGGUGGGGUCGACAGCGACGGGGGCAGGGCCGACACAAACCAGGAAGUCCGAAAGCAGUGUCUCUUUGGCCUGGUCAAAACCACGACCCCUUGUCAAGAUCGAACUUCACGCAAACGUAAACUUAAGGAGAGGUCCUUGUCUUCAUCUUCGUCUUCCUCAUCCUCCUCUUUAGUCGGAAAAGUCGCAGAUCCCGGGUCGAAGGUCAGGAGGAGUCUUCCCCACAAGGUUGCCAAGACGACGGUGGAUAGCGAGAGUUUGUCGAGCGAUCAGGAAAUGGACAGCAGCGACUCGGACGAGUUGGAGCAGAAGAUCAAACCGCUGAGUGACGUCACACUGAUGGGAACCGGAACGUUCCAGCAGUCCUCCGGUGAUGAGGUGGACGUGUGCCCCGCCCCGAUCAUGUUGGAUGAGGAUGAUGUGGAGAAUAGAAUUGCAAAACAGAUUCUGUUGGCUGAGAUCAGGGCUAACUUGUCAUCCAGCUCUGAUCAGGACUGCAGCUCGGACACCUCGUGGUCCAGGGCCGAGGACCAGGACAGUGAGACGGAGAGCAAGAAGGGAGAUGAAGAGAAAGUCGAAGGUCCCGCUGGAAAGAUGGACAAUGCUGAAGACAGUGAGCCGACUGAUAACAGCUCUGACUCGGACUAUCCCGCUCAACCCCCGCAGUCCCGUCAUCGCCUGCUGCACUAUCGUCUGGACCCCCGGGACCCUUUGUCUAAAGACGGCGAAGAGAAAUCGGCCGAUUGGACAAGAGAAAGGAAAAAGAAACGGAGAAACAGCCAGACAGACGUUAGCAGCGACAACCAAGAAUCAGCCAGUGAGGAGUCAGCGAUGAGCGAGGCGGUCAGCCAAUCAGAAGACGAGGACGUCAGCAUCGUCAAGCAGAAGGGGUCAGUCGUUGAAGGAGAACCUCACGCACUUCUUGGAAAGGACGGCGCCGAAGGUCAGACCGAGGCAGACAACACAACCUCGGAGGAGUGCGUGAGCACGGUGAAGGGCCGCAGGAAGAUCCGGAGGAUUCUGAAGGUGCAGCAGCUGGCGAAGGAGACGCAGGCGGCGCUGAAGGAGGAGGAGGAGAGGAGGAAGAGGCUGGCUGAGAGAGAAAGACGGCGACGACUGGAGGAGGAGAGCAGAGUACAGGAACGAGACGAAACGGAGGUGAUAAUAGUAGCUGAGACUACUGUCCCCAAACCUGUCCCUCUGCUGCUAGAACUUAACGAUGCAACACGGGAAUGUCUGGUGCAGGUGGAUACACAUCUACUGAGUAAACUGAAACCUCACCAGCGUGAGGGUGUGAAGUUCAUUUGGGACAGCUGUUGUGAGUCUGUAGCGAAGGUCAAAUCAUCUCCUGGUUCUGGCUGCCUUCUCGCCCACUGCAUGGGCCUCGGAAAGACACUGCAGGUCAUCACGUUUCUACACACAGUGUUGACAUGUGAGCUGAUGGAGCUGAAGACUGCGCUGGUGGUGUGUCCUCUGAACACGGUGCUCAACUGGAAGUCCGAGUUCGACAAAUGGCAGCGCGGCAUCAGAAAAAAGAAAUUGGAGGUGACGGAGUUAGCGACGGUGAAGUUGGUGUCUUCUCGUGUCAACGCUCUGACCAGUUGGCACACGAGAGGUGGUGUGAUGAUCAUGAGUUAUGAACUGUACCGCAUUCUCACAGACGGAGAUAAAGUCAAAUACAGCAAACAGAGGGAGAACCUGCGCAGGGUUCUGCGGGACCCCGGACCUGACAUAGUGGUGUGUGAUGAAGGCCAUGUCCUGAAGAACAAGGCGACUGCCAUCUAUAAAGCCAUGCGCUCCAUUCGUACACGGCGGCGAAUCGUCCUGACAGGAACGCCGCUUCAGAACAACCUCACAGAGUAUCACUGCAUGGUGAGUUUUGUGAAGCAGAACCUUCUGGGUUCCCUGCGUGAGUUUCAGAACCGUUUCAUCAACCCCAUCCAGAACGGCCAGUGUGCCGACUCAACACCCGCUGACGUGAGACUCAUGAAGAAACGAGUGCACGUCCUCUAUGAACUCCUCGCUGGAUGUGUUCAGAGGCGAGAUUAUUCAGCACUGACCCCUUUCCUGCCACCCAAGCGAGAGUAUGUGCUUUCAAUCAGGAUGUCCACACUACAGUGCAAGCUCUACAGACACUACCUACACAACUACACCGGAAAGGGUGUAAACAAUUUAUUUCAGGAUUUUCAGAUCCUGAGUCUGAUUUGGACACAUCCGUGGUGUCUGCAGCUCGCUGACCAAAAUAGAGGGAACAAGGGCAAAGGGGAGGAGUCUACAUCUGAACCUGCUCUGACUGGUGGAUGUUCUGAAGUGAUGAAAAGGCAGAACUCUGAUGAAUGUGUGGUGGAGGAGAGCAGAGAUACACACUCCACCAAAACUACACAGGAAGAUGCACGCAGUGUGUUGAAUGGUCCUCCAGCAGGUUGGUACAGAGAGUUUGUAUCUGACUCUGACGCUGAGGUCCUGGAGCAUUCUGGGAAAUUAAUGCUGCUGUUGGAGAUCCUGCACUGUGCUGAACAACUGCAGGAGAAAGUGUUGGUGUUCAGUCAGUCUCUAGUUUCACUGGACCUGAUUGAAACCUUUUUGGAGUCUGCUGAUAAGGCAAAGAAGAAUGGAACGUCCCGUCUGUAUAAAGGGAAGCUGAAUUGGGUGCGGAAUAAGGACUAUUAUCGUCUGGAUGGUUCCACCACUGCAACAGCACGCAAGAAUUGUGCUCAGGAGUUCAACAACAUCAGAAACAGACGCUGCAGGUUAUUUCUCAUCUCUACCCGAGCCGGAUCUUUAGGGAUUAAUCUUGUUGGGGCAAAUCGUGUUGUGGUGUUCGACGCAUCGUGGAAUCCAAUGUACGAUCUUCAGAGCAUGUUUAGAGUGUAUCGCUUCGGUCAGGAGAAACCUGUGUACAUCUACCGCUUCCUGGCACAGGGAACGAUGGAGCAGAAGAUAUACGAGCGUCAGGUGGCGAAGCUGUCUCUGUCGUCCCGUGUUGUGGACCAGCAGCAGAUCCAGCGCCACUUCACACACAGCCAACUGAGCGACCUGUACAACUUCCACCCUGACAGCAACAGCAAGAGCCACACUGUGGAGCCUGCGGACAAAGUGCUCGCGAUGCUCCUACAGCACUGUGGCCAGUCCAUCGUGUCGUUCCAUGAACAUAAUUCACUGUUGGACCACAGGGUGGAGGAGGAGCUCAGCGUGGAGGAGAGGAAGGAAGCAUGGGAGGAGUACAAGCUGGAGAAGACGACACAGACACAAACACAAACACAGACACAAACACAGACACAGACACAAACACAAACACAAGCACAAGCACGUGUUCACACACAGGCCUCCGUCCAUAAGUCAGGGGAACUGUGGAGGAAAAGUGACCACGAGCUGAAGAUUAUAUUAUACAAAGGUCGUAUGGAGCUUCAGAAAGUUGCACAGAACAUCAAACCCCUAAGCCUGGAAUUCUGCAGGCAGGAAUUGAAGAAACAGCACCCUCUGUUGGAUGAAGAGGUGCUAGAGCAGAAGGCUGUUCAGGCUUAUGAAUGCUAUAAAAGAGACAGACCAAACAAGAUCAGGACUUACCAAAACAAACUGUUCACUCAGAAAAAGCUCAUUCUGAAGACGCAGCAGAUUCUGGCUGAAAGGGCGGAGCCUCCCAGCAGAGCCCCUCCCACUGCAUCCACACCAGUCAGUUCCAGGUUUAAAACAGGUGAAUCUUCCUCAGUGUCACCGGUCCAGAGCAGCCAGUCGUCUCUCCGUCAGCCGCCGAGAUCGUCAUCUCCUCAGGAGAGGAUCGUCAUUGACGACGUCAUCAUGGAACAUGCUGUAGAUCAGCUGGUGAUUAAAGGGGAAGUCCAGGAGCAGCACACACACACACACACACACACUAACUCAGGCAGUGCUUUAAGUUUGUACUGAUGUUCUCACAGGAACCUCACCGGGAUUUUUACUAUUGUUUUUGUUCUGCUGCUAAAAAUCCAGGUCACGUUCACUUAUUUAUCCACAUGAUCUAUAAUAACUAAAUAUUACACCACGACGUCCCCUUCACCUCAAACCAAUAAUGAUUUGCACUGCAGUUUAAAGGAAUCCGAAGCAGGAAAUUAUUCUAUUAGUUUGUUGUAUUUUUUUUAUAGAAUUUGUUUGUUUACGUGUUUAAAACUGAAAUGCAGAUUUUUCUACGAAUAAACACUAAUAAAGAACCAGA